AUGUGCGAUGAAUGUCUGAUUGCAAGUCGUUAUGUAAGCAAAGCCUUGCAAAAGAAACGCGAAUCGGGUUCGUCAAAACGAUACGAAAGACAGAAGCCCUCAAGCAACUAUCCUGUGAAGUUCCUUUCCCCAAAAAGUAAAAGUGCACGCUACGCCAAUUCCAGGCUGCAGCGACACCGCUUGGAAAAGCAUGUUAAAAAGUUGUACAAGCGGACAAAAGUCGAACUUCCCCAGGACCAGCCUGAAGAAUUGUGCAAGUUGGUUAAAAGCAUCGAGGAUUCAGAUGUUCGAAGGAAAGAACUUGCCAAAAUUUACAAUAAAGGCAACCAGUUCUCAAGCAGCAAAGGGCAGGAGGCAGGUGAUUGCCUCAAAGAAGUGUGGAAAAAAGACAGGGAAAGUUUUUUCAGAGAUCAGCGGAGUAAUGGUACGUACGUACGUUAAUGACAUUUGCGUGCCCUUUAGCUGACUAACUGAAUACAACAUUCUCAAAUCAGUGAGCAAAAGGUCAUUUUAUUGUGUACCUGUAUUCUUAUAAUUAAUUUGAUGUACUGGUCAAAAUGUGAUCAGCAAACAAACAAUAAUUAUUAUUAAGUUUCUGUCCACGUGUCUGUCUGAUAUAUCCGUAGUUAUAAGAAAAUGUUAACUGGGCAUGGCUUGGAAUGGUAUCUCUUGUACUGACUUUUUUGUUGACUCAAAUUAAAUUUCCUGACCUUAUAUGACUGCAGGCACUCGUACAGUCUUGUUAUUUUUCUUUAAUUUUUUUUAGUUACUGGGAAAAAUGGUAAUCGAUGGUCCAUAGCAACUAUCAGAGUGGGUAAGUACAAGAUUUGUCCAUAACUGUCUAGUUUGUACAAUACACAUGACAUUCAGACUUAUUUACAAUAUAGAGGCUUUGUGGCAGUCACAAAAAUAGUGACUUUCAUAGGCCUUUAAUCUCAAUCUCAGAAAACUCAGAUGCUUGUCCUUGUAAGCUCUGAUAUUUUUGCUAAUGGUCUAUUCCCAGGAAAAGGUAAUAAUUCUUGCUUUUGGUUAUACCAUGCUAUAUUAUUUAAAUUGUGAUUACAUCUAUUUUUCCUCUUAUAUUUACUGAUAUGUAGCACUGGCAGUUUACAAUCGAAGCCCUUCAGCAUAUGAAACAUUGCACAAGUUAAAAAUUUUGCAGCUUCCUCAUUCCAAAACACUGAAAAAGGUAAUACGUGGUGGUUCUGAGCAAUCAGGAAUAGAUGAGGAUUACCUUCAAGGUCAGCAGCAGAUCUAUGAGCACUUCCAAAGUGGGCGAGAGGCAGAAGGACAUCCAAGACCAUUAGGAAUUGGAGUAUUGAUGUGGGAUGAGGUUAAGGUG